CGCCCCGCCCCGCUCCGGCGCGAGGCUGUUGCAUGGGCGCCGCCGGCGGCGGAGGGAGCGUGAGUGCGCUGCGCAGGGCGCUGGGAGGCUUUGUCGCUGCACAGGCCCCCUUGUGAGCAGCAGACCGGCCUGGUGGCUGGCAGCAGGACCCCCUCGCCUGCAUGCUGAAGAAGAUGGGUGAGGCUGUGGCCAGAGUUGCAAGGAAGGUCAACGAGACCGUGGAGAGCGGCUCUGAUACCCUGGACCUGGCCGAGUGCAAGCUGGUUUCCUUCCCCAUUGGCAUCUACAAGGUCUUGCGGAACGUCACUGACCAGAUCCACCUCAUCACGCUGGCCAACAACGAGCUCAAGUCCCUCACCAGCAAGUUUAUGACCACAUUUUGUCAGCUCCGAGAGCUCCACCUGGAAGGGAACUUCCUGCACCGCCUCCCCAACGAGGUCAGCACCCUGCGGCACCUCCAGGCCAUCGACCUCUCCCGGAACCAGUUCCGUGACUUCCCUGAGCAGCUCACCACCCUGCCAGCACUGGAGACCAUCAACCUGGAAGAGAACAACAUCGUGGAUGUGCCCGUGGAGAAGCUGGCCGCCAUGCCCGCCUUGCGCAGCAUCAACCUCCGCUUCAACCCCCUGAGCGCUGAGGUGCGCGUCAUCGCUCCGCCACUCAUCAAGUUUGACAUGCUCAUGUCUCCUGAGGGCGCCCGGGCCCCCCCACCUUAGGCCUCCCUCCUCAUGCCCACCCAGCAAGGGACAGAGGCCACCUGAGCUGGCACCCUGAGGGGAGGGCAUCCCACAGGCCCAUGGGAGGCCAAGCCUGGGGGGGUGGCUGGGGGCGGGUGGGCCAAAGAGCACACGUGGUGGGAGGGGGUGCAGCUGGUCCGAGAUAGAUAGCUUAGAGCAGUAGGGGGCCCAGGAGGAGGGGGCCAGGUGGGGCCAGAGCCCGGAUGCUGGGCACGCACAGUUUCUGUUCACAUUUGGGCAGACCCCCACCCUCUCCGAGCCUUGUUAUUUGGGAAAAGGGGCAGUGGGGGUGGGGGGGCUUUGCCUCCUUUGAGCUCCUUGGAGGCUUUUUGGGCAACACAUGCCUUCAAGUUACCUUCAAACCAUCAGGCACCAUCUGAGCUCACAGAUGGCCAUUGCCAAGCGCUUUCUGGGCCACUGUGGGGUUCGAGGCCUUGUUUCUGGUGCCGAAAGCCAGCCACUGGCCUGAGAGGAAUAGAAGACAACCUCCAUCUGUUUAUUGCUUCCUGAGGAUUGACCCGCAUGAGGCCUUCUACCGGGACCCAUCCUCGGCCCUGUGGGUCUCUGGAUUGGCAGGAGCCUGAACCAGCAGUUGUGGGAAAGUUAUGGAGAGAGUGUGGCCCUGUGCUCUAGCCAGGGCUGAGAAGGUUUAUAGAGGAGCCCAAGGCCCAUCAGGCCAGGAAACCAGAGGAGCAAAUCAGGUCGGCUCUGUCCUUCCUCAAGAUGAAGAUAUCAGCGGGGUAAAGAGUUCUGAGUGUGCCUCAGGACAGACCAGGUGUGCCUGCAUCACCCCUUGAGCCGAGGGAGAGGUGGCCCAAGAGAAGCAAAGCCGACUGUGCCUAUGGCUCUGGGACAGGUGAUUGGCCGCAGCCUGGCUGCCUCCUCAUUGGUCCAGCUGGGGGCACUUUGGACCAUUGGAUUUGUGGCUGGCCAGCUCCCAAGCCUCCACCCAAAGCCCUGAUGACCUAGUCAUUUCUGGGCCCUCCAUCUGGAGUCUGGGAUGUGGCCAGGCCAUGGGGCUACCAACCAACCCCAUUCAACUGGGAUGACUGAGGGUUUCCCAGGACACAGGACCUCAGUGCUCCCACUGGGACAGUACCUGGCAAACUGGGACAACUGGUUUCCUACGAGGAAAGGGCCUAGGGUUCUUGCUUUCUGAUAAUAUCUGUGGGUUUGGAGAACUCCUGACUUCUUGAUCCCUCCAAGUAUCCACCUCCCACCUUCUCAUCUGUGGAGCAAGCGGACUCAGAGCCCAGAACCCACCUGGCUUGGACCUUUGUCUUGGUCUGUGGGAGACACCUGAGGCCCCAGGACAUGAGAGACAGGCCAGGCCACCCAACCCUACAUCCAUGCACCAGUAGCCACUCUUCUACUCCCAGGGUUAAGCCUCUCCCAGCCCAGACCCUUAUCAGAAUGCUGUGUUCCUUCUCUCCUCCCCAGCCCUGGAGCCUGCCCCUGCCCAGACGCCUUGUCUCUUGGCAAGGACCAACAGGUUGGACCAUUGGUUGGCCCAUCACUGCUCAGUGCCCCAAGAGAUGCUGUAUUUACUCUCUUGUGUCAUAAGGCCUGGUUCACCAAGCUCUGGGAAAGGGCUUUGCAGGGCAAGGAGGUCCGGAUGGAUCUUCAGUGCUGCAGGGCUCAACUGUGGACAAGUGGGAACCAUGGCCCAGUCCAGGCUGGCCUGGCCCCACCCACCCGGUGUCCCGGAGUGGGGUUACUCCUUGUCAAAGAAUAGGUGCACUUUUCUUGCACAAAGGCACUGUAUGGCCAGAGCCCUACAACUCAAAGUGUGGCACUGGCAUCCAUGGGAACUUGUUAGAAAUGCAGAAUCCAGGACCCACCUUAGACCUCCAGAAUCAGAACCUGCAUUUCAACAAGAUCCCUGGGUAAUUCCUAGAAGCACUUUACCGUUUGAGAAGCCAGGGCCUAGGGCUGACCCAGGGGAUAUCCUUGGAGUAGAGGAUGGAGGUUCUCAGCCCUCCCCCUGCUACUCCAGGCCCCUCUCCCUAAACCAGCCCCAGGACACCCUGGGUCUCUUAGAUCUUUUCAGAGUCUGCGGGACUCUUGCAGCGAAGGGAGUGACCUGAAGUCACCAGAUGAGGGUUGGCUUUGCCUGGCCCUCGGGACACUGGCUCUCUGGUUACCCUCUGCACACCCAGUCCUGCUUCCCCAGGUCCUCACAUGAGGCUCUCUGAAGGGGUUGCUUCUGGAAGUUGUUUUCUACUCUGCUUGGGGAGUUUGCCCUUGCCUGUCUGGGAAGCUUGGGCAGUAAGAGAAGCCCCCAGAUCAGAGCCCACCGUGUAAAUGAGCCCUUAGCUUCAGUCUGCAAUAAAGAACGCAUUGGUUUCAUCUG